GAUCCAUUUUUUGUUUUCAUUUUUUGGAUUUAGAAACUGAACUCGAUUUUUUUUGCUAAUUUUCGUUGUCUUCUCGAAGUUUAAAAACGUAUGAAAGAAGAUAUAGAUGUAUUGUCUCUUGCUUCACUACCUGUGGGGUUCAGAUUUAGUCCGACGGAUGAAGAGUUAGUUCGGUACUAUCUCCGGCUCAAGAUCAAUGGUCACGAUGACGAUGUCAGAGUCAUCCGUGAGGUUGAUAUCUGCAAAUGGGAGCCAUGGGACUUGCCUGAUUUCUCUGUGGUGAAGACAACAGAUUCAGAGUGGCUCUUCUUUUGUCCAUUGGAUCGGAAGUAUCCGAGUGGAAGUAGGAUGAAUCGAGCUACUGUGGCUGGUUACUGGAAGGCGACGGGAAAAGACCGUAAGAUCAAAUCAGGGAAGACUAAGAUUAUUGGUGUUAAGAGGACUCUAGUGUUUUAUACAGGUCGUGCUCCUAAGGGUACACGGACCUGUUGGAUUAUGCAUGAGUACCGCGCUACUGAGAAGGAUCUUGAUGGAACUAAGUCUGGCCAGAAUCCAUUUGUUAUUUGCAAGUUGUUCAAGAAGCAAGAUAUUGUGGAAGGAGAUGUACCAGAAGAUUCAAAGUCAUGUGAAGUUGAACCAGCGGUCUCGUCUCCAACUGUUGUGGAUGAGAUGAAAUCUGAGGUUGAGAUGUCUGAGGUAUCUCUUAUUUUCCCUAAAACCGAAGACACAAAGCCUUCUGAUGUCGCGGAAUCAUCUCUUCUUGUCUCUAGUGAAUGUCGUAGUGAAAACUCUGCAGCUGAGGCUACAACCACUGGACUUGAAGAUAUCGAUUGGCUCUCAUAUAUGGAGUUUGAUUCCAUGGAUCAAAAGUUGUUCUCUCCGUUGCACUCUCAGGUUCAACCAGAGCUUGGAUCCUCUUUCAGUGGUUUUCAAUCUGGGUCAAGCGAAGUGUUCAAACACCACAAUGGGGAUAACAUUCAGACUCAGUACGGUACAAACGAGGCCAAUGAACAGAUGAACAAGUUCUUGGAGUCUUUUAUUGACGUUCCUUAUGAGCUUCCAGAGAGGAAAGAGUUAGUGCAGCAGACGCCAGAACAGAUCCCACACGAGCCACAUAAUAUUCUCAGCACAUGCAACAAGAUCAAUGAUGUAUCUGAAACAGGAAUUAAGAUUAGGACACGACGGGCACAAGCUCCUGGUUGUGCUGAGAAGUUUGUAAUGCAGGGUGAGGCUUCAAGAAGGUUGCGACUUCAGGUUCAUAAGUCAGAAGCUGACAGCACACAAGUCCAAUGUAUCAAGAAAGAGAUUCAGGUGAAGGACACUACAAGGGAGACUAUAACAAAAGGAUGUGGAAAUGUCACCAAAUCAAAGAGCAAGACCAGUUUCAUUGCCAAGAAGAUUGCAGCUAUGGGAUAUUCAUACAAAGGGCUUGUCAGAGCGGGUGUGGUAGCGCUUGUGUUUGUGAUGUCGGUUUGCAGUGUAAUCGCAUAAAUCCGAUGUUUGUUCGACCAUUUGUAUGAUGAAGAAUAAAGAAAGUGCUUUACGGGUUGAGAAUGCGGGUUUGUGUAUAAUAGGGUCUUGGCUAGGUUCUGCAUCUGUUGUUGUUGGUUCAAAGCCUAACCAUGGCCAGUUUAGUACUUAGGAGGGUAUAGUAGUUAGUUAACAUAUACGACAAUUUACAGUUGGUAUGUUUAGAUGUAAGAGGUUAUCUAAAGCCUUUUGGAAGUUUAUUGCAGACCACAUGCGUCUUCAGAUUGUGUUGUGAAACCGUUCGUGAUUUGGUGCUAAGUGGCACUAGUAUACUCCAUAAUUUUUAA